AUGGAUGUAUGUCUACUAACGACAUGCGGUCGUCCGUACUUGGAGGAGGACCAGUCAUUAUCCAGGAGGGACACGGUCGCCCUCACAAGCAGCAACACACCAAUGACAGGUUCUGGCACCCAGCUGACAAAAACUCAGAACGUCUGUAAACCACAGCCAAGGAAAAUUGUCGAUUGCAAGGCGCUGUACCGAGGAGAAAACACAACGACCCUCCCUAACGUCGUUCAAGUUCCCAAAGAAUGUCGGUUAGAAAACAUUGUCAGAAACUGUAGUCUGCUCCGUUUGGCCCACGGUUACGGAAUGGCUCCCAUAACGCGUGAGGAGCUCGACUUUCCAAUUGCUUUCUCUAUUAAAGUGCACGUAAAUGCUAGACAAGUAGAGCAAUUGUUACGAACAGUAUACCGGUCUCACAACACUUACUGCAUCCACGUAGACAAGAAAACAGACGAAAACGUUCACGUGAUUAUCAACCAAAUCGGAAAUUGUUUCAAAAACGUCCAUAUUAUUCGACAUCCGAUCAAUUUGAUCUACGCGUCAUCUGCGCACGUCAAAGUGGAACUGGAGCUUAUGAAGCUAUGUCGUGCAAAAGAAAAAACCUGGAAAUAUUACAUUAACUUAUCAGGGCAAGAUUUCCCUCUGAAGACAAACCUGGAAAUGGUACAGAUCUUGAAGCAGCUGCAGGGCCAAAAUGACAUAGAAAACUACAUGCUAACACAAUUCAGAUGGAAGCAUUUAAUGCGGAAGACCAAAAUUGUUGACCGAAAUCUUAUAACUACGAACGAAACCAAAGAGCCGUUUCCUUAUAAUUUAUAUUUUCGGAAGGGCAGCACUUACGGCAUAUUCAGUCGACCGUUUGUGGAUUUUUUACUGGAAGAUAAUUUCGCUCAGCUUUUCGUAAAUUGGUCACGUGAUAUUACACCGUCCGAGGAAAUCGUGUGGUCAACGCUGAACAGUCUGCCGUGGGCACCGGGUGGCUAUAGUGUUGAAGUACGACGCGCAGACGGCUUCCACAUGGCUAAAGCAGUUAUUUGGACUUUUGACGCUGACUAUUGCCAAGGGAAGGUGGUGAGAAGUGUCUGUGUGUUUGGGUCAGGUGACUUGCCUUGGCUCAAGGAUCGUCACGAAUUGUUCGCCAAUAAAUUCCACGACGACUAUGAUCCUGUUCCCCUGGACUGUUUGGAGACGACAUUGCACCAGCGCGCGUUCAGUCAAGACACAAGUGCUCUACAAUGGUAUAAGUACAGGCACCUGUUGCAGGUUCUCAAUGACAGAUUCCAAAAGGUUAUCUCCAAGGUGACUUCACGUCAGCAGUUUUUGGUCAAGGAGAAAAAUAAGUGGCUUCGAGAACAUUAUACGGGAGUAACGUGA